UCUUAUUCUAUGGGCUUGCUUAAUUCCCUCUUACCACCUGCCGUUUCCAUUACCCAACUACUUACCUCACCAAUUGUCGCUCACUUUUCGCACAUGCCUUGCAAGCUUAUCGCCCACGAUUAGCAAUCCUUGACACGUAGUUUUACGUCUCCCCGCCUUUGGACCUAUUGCGACUGCUAUCUCCGCAUCUAGCCUGCGCUAUCUGAGGGGUAUCUCAAGCUCGGCCAGAGGGGUACCUGCAGAUGGGAGAUAACAACAACAGCACCACACAAAUGGCUGCUACCGACGUAGCCAGCGCUAUCAGAGACCAUGGCGAUGCCGGGCAAGAAGCCACUCCGAGCUCGCUUGAGUCGUCUCCCGAGCCCUCGACAACUGAGAUAGUACAAGACCCGGCCCAGCCGCAGAAGCGCAAAGGAGGCCGCAAACCCAUAUAUGCCACGUCCGAAGAGCGCAAGCAGAGGAACAGGCAAGCACAGGCUGCGUUCCGAGAGCGUCGCACCGAAUACAUCAAGCAACUCGAGACCACCAUCAAGCACCAUGAAGAGACACUGCAGACGUUGCAGCAAAGCCACCGCAGCGCCGCGGAUGAGUGUCUCAUGCUCCGCUACAAGAAUUCGCUUCUUGAGAGAAUCUUGUUGGAGAAGGGCAUUGAUGUGCAGGCCGAGUUGCAGAUGAAGACGGGUAGCCCUGCUCUCGGACACACGUAUAUCCCCCACCACGCACCGGCGCCAAUGGCAGCUGCUCCUUUGCAACGCACAGCAUUGAACCGCCAGCAUGCAAGACGUUCCGGUCAGGUCUAUCCUCCACGGGUCGGACCUGGCGCGGGAGCGCAAUCAGAUCUUUCCUUCUCUGCCCGCUCCCCUCAAGGACAUCCUACUCCGUCAUCUCAUGCUUCCUCACCCACAGCCUUGUCUACCCAGUCGCCUGCUGCCUUGCAGCCUGGAGCCAUGACCCCACCAGCUUCGGUAAUCGCUGGGGGACAGCAGCAACAGUAUGGUGUGCCUCAACCACCUCGUUCGCGUUAUGUCAUGCAGCACCCACCUCAGCACCGUGGCCCUGCCUACUCGGCGCCCAAUGGCGUGUCUAGCAUAACAGAACCCACCAACGGAGUCCCAGGUAGCGCAUCGGCAUUCUAUCCGUCGCCAUUUCAAAAACACAUUGAGCAGCUGGAUCAGGAGUACGACGCGCAACCAACAUCUUCGUCGAUGCUCGAAACCGAAUCCGAAGCGAACGAACAAGCCCCCGUCCAGGCCCCCGAGCCACCCCAAUUCCCUGCCGCGAACCCAUACCACGCAACGCACGCCGCACAGCAACAUGCCGACCACCAUGGCCCCGUCAAGGGCAAUGCUCAAGAACACGACCGAGGCCACCCGGGAGAAAACCAAAUCCCUGGAAUGAACCAGAUCUUUGACCCUUACGAUCCCAUGCUGGAUGCUGAUCCGUUUGGAUUGUCGGCGAGCAUGCACUUCUCGACAGAUUACGGUUUCCAACAUCCUCCUCAGAGAUGAGAGGGGAGAUAUUUCGUACGGGGAAUGAAGGAGGAAGAAUGGAUUACUUUGAAACGUGGUGGUUUUGUCAGUCUCGGGAUCUGAAUGGUCCAACCUUGCGUCAGGUUGCGGUUCGUCGCCAGAGACUACGAAAAGGGAUACUAUUGAACUGGUGUACAUGAGGACGAACGUAAAAGUUCACAAAAAAGUUGCUGUUUGGGUGGGCAUUUUAUCUUUCUUUUAUGGCAUAGCAACGGCGUUUGGGCGCAGAAAGGCUGCUGCUGACUGGAAUCACGACUCUGGCAUUUUUGUCAUCAUCGUUACCAUCACUACUCGAUAGCGAUGGAUUGGCUGGCUGUGGACACAUGCUCUGGUACACACGAUCAUGAAUACUGUAACCAAUAAUCGAGUGGUUGCAAAAUGCAAGCGUUCAAAUAUGAUGAACCACAAACCAACUGAUAAUUCAUCCAUUUCGAGAGUGAGCCUCAGA